CACAGCACCAUUGGGCAAACCUCAAACGUUCGUCGCUAUAGUGCGUCUGCCGUCUGGCGUCUGCGGCUGAUAUAAUAACCGUGUGUUUGUAUGAUAAAAUAUAAUUUACUAUAGCGCGUUCUUUGAUAAUUUAAAAUACCUAACCAAAAAAAUUAUUAUAAAACAGUAGUGUAUUCCGUGUGGAGCACAAAUAAACGCUGAUUAAUAUCAAUCUCACUUCACGUUUUCAACCGGAGUUACAUCCGAGUAAUAUUAUUAUUGUUGUGCGCAGUCGAAACCGAAUUUUGCAACCAAGAAUUGUUAACCGUUUCUCAAUCAAUAUCAUCGACCGGCCGUGAUGUUAGUAGCAUAUUAUGGUACAGUCCAGUGAGUAAAUCGUACUCGGGAGCCUUAAGUCACAAUUAUUAGCAAACUAUUCUAAUGAAUUACAAAUUGUAUUCCUAAUUUUCUACAGUAUAUUAUAAUCAUAAAUAUGGAAGAAGAGAAUUGGGACAACAUACCAGGGGUAAAUUCUGUACCCCAAGCAGAUUCUGAGAAUAGAUAUAAAGAGACCGGAGAAGAUCCAUAUGACAACCAAAAUUACGACAAUGGUGUUUCAUAUGAAGAAAAUGGGUAUGGAAGUAAUGACAAUUAUUGUAAUGUAGAGCAACCUACGCAUGAUUCUUGGGGAAAUACAUUAACCUCUACCAACUACGAUCAAGGCACCACAGAUAAUGGUUAUGGUGUAGAGCAAAAUUACCAACAAAACUAUGGAGGUUACCAAGGUAGAAAUAGUGGCAGUAACAGAGGAUACAAUACUGACUCAUCCAAUGGUUACAACACUCAGAGCUAUGGAGAUGAAAACGAAGGUACAGGGUUUAGAGGAAGAGGCCGUGGUGGACGUGGCAGAGGUCGUGGUCGAGGUACAGGUAGAAAAUUUGAACAGAACAAUGAUCAUUAUUCAAGUAGUGGAUAUGGAAAUAACAGCGAAGAGUCAGAAAAGCCUGCAUUACCGAAGCCGACAUAUAUUCCUCCAGAAAUAGACGACAGCGAUGAUUCUGCCGUGGUUAUGGUCGCUGGUAAUAAUUUCGAUCAAUAUGAAUCAAUUGAAGUAAAAGUGAGUGGAAUAGAUGUACCCACAAAUAUAAAUUCAUUUAAAAAUGCUGGCUUGCGAGAAAUAUUGUUGGAAAACUUAGAAAAAUUAAAUUAUUCUGUACCAACGCCAGUUCAAAAAUAUUCCUUACCUAUCAUUCUUCACGGAAGAGACAUGAUGGCAAGUGCUCAAACUGGUUCUGGCAAAACGGCAGCUUUUGUUUUACCAAUUUUAAAUGACUUGAUGAGUAAUCCAACAGAGUUGAUUGCCGACUACAAUCAUUGUGAACCACAAGCUGUUAUAAUGUCGCCUACCAGAGAGCUUACUAUACAGAUUUGUGAGGUGGUCAGAAAAUUGAGCAGAGGAACUAUGAUUAAAAGUGAACUCGCCUAUGGAGGAACAAAAACUAUGUAUCAAAUAGACAGAAUAAAGAGAGGUGCUCAUAUUCUCGUGGCCACACCAGGACGUCUGAACGAUUUUGUCAAUCGUGGUGUCAUAACUUUUUCGUCAGUACGAUUUUUUGUACUAGAUGAAGCUGAUCGAAUGUUAGAUUUAGGAUUUAAAUCAGCUAUCGAAAGUGUAUUGCAUCAUUCUACAAUGGUUUCUUCAGCGGAAAGACAAACGCUUAUGUUUUCGGCUACGCUACCUAGUGAGAUACAGCAAAUGGCAUGCACGUAUCUAAAACAGGAUUACGUGUUUGUUGCGGUUGGUGAGAUUGGAGGAGCUUGUAAAGAUGUAACGCAACAAUUAAUUCAAGUGCAGAAGUUUAGCAAAAAAGGUGAAUUGUUGAAAGUUCUUGAAGAAAUAGGCGAUGUCCAAGGUACAAUUGUUUUUGUGGAACAGAAAAGAAAUGCAGAUUUCAUCGCUGCAUAUCUGAGUGAUCAAAAUUAUCCUACUACUAGUAUUCACGGUGAUCGUGAACAGCCCGAACGAGAACUAGCUCUGAGGGAUUUCAAAACUAAAAAAAUGAAGAUCUUGGUCGCAACAUCUGUUGCCGCUCGAGGACUUGACAUAAAGGGUGUGACGACUGUAAUUAAUUACGAUUUACCUAAAAAUGUUGACGAGUAUGUGCACCGUAUUGGUCGUACUGGGAGGUUGGGAAACGCUGGCAAGGCCAUUUCCUUUUUUGACCCGGAUCAAGAUCGACCAUUGGCUCCAGAAUUGAGAAGAAUUUUGGAACAGGCUGGGCAGGAAAUACCAGAUUGGUUAUCUGACUUUGGUGGCUAUGCUGCCGAACCUGAUCAGUUUGACGAUAUAAGAACGGAUGUCGGCGGCACUUCUGAAUACGUGCAAGCGGAUGAAGAAGAACAGUGGUAAAGCAAAAAUAUCUUAACGUACAUUUUGAUUACACAUUAUUUUCAUCCAUUUAGUUACGUACUCUUGCGUUUUUAAAAAGCCCCAUUGAAAGAAAAAAUGCAAUAUUUAUUCAAAUGAAACAUAUUCAAUUUUAUAAAAAAUUAAAAUUAUUUGAAAUAAAAACUAAUUUAUACAUGCUGAUAUUUGUAUAUUACCCGAUAACUGAAAUAAUUCUAGUUUUGAACUUAGUACAUUUAUUUCAUACAUUUAUCUAUUAACAAACCUUUACAUUUGUUAAUCAGUCAGUUAGCGUAACUAAAAAACAACCCUGUUUGUAUGUAUAUAUUUUUUUUGUGUAUUAUUGUCAUCAUUAUAGUUCGUUAUUGAAUUAUUAUUUUAAAAUAAAAUCAGCCUAUCAACUGGCAUCGGUUCAGUAGUUUAUUUAUAAAUUUAGCGUGAGAGGUGAAGAUAAAAAAUAAUAAACCCUUUUGAGUUAUUAUUUUUUUACAAUUUCUAUUUUGUUAUAUUUAAGUACUAAUUGCGCCAAAAAUUGUUUUUAAAUUAUAUGUCUAAUAAUGUUUAAAAAAAAUCCAAACUGAGUUAGGAAACAUUAUAAAAACACUAAAUUUAUUUUAUAGUUAAAAAAACUUAAUACUAUAAUUAUAGUUAUUCUAUAACAGGAUUUUCUUAAUAGAUUUUUUUGUUAAUAAAAAAAAAUAUAAUUAUUUUUCCUGUAUUAGCAUAAGAAGUGGUUAUUAAAUCUGAAUUCGAUAUUACCCUUAUUUCUAAAAUUGAUAUUUAUACAGAAAAUUUUUUCCGAAUUAUCUUUAUUAGUAGCUAAGACACAAUGUUAUACAUUUUUAUGUUUGUAAAGGUUAUAAUGGCACAUUAAUUAAAACACAAAAUGCUAGAUUACAAAAAAAAAUAUACUUAUAAAUUUAAUCUUUUAUUAAAAUUGAAUAUGUUUAACGUGAGCCACUUAAUGUUGUUUUAUGAACCACGAAAUUUCUAUUGAAUUAACCAUUGAUUCGAUUGCAUGAACUAAAAAAAUGUUUUUAAAUAUUUUUUUACCUCAUUAUAUUGUAUUGAAAGUAAAUUUUUUUAAAGUAAUAUAUUAUUAAUGUACGAAUAUUCCACCGAAAUUUGUAGAAUUUGUAUUCCUUAGGUUAGAUAUUAGACUGUUAAGCUUACUCAAUCUUUAUUUUAGCAGCCUCCUCUUUUCAAUUUUGGUCAUUCUUAGAAUAACAAUAUAAAUUAUUUUUUUUUUAAUUACUGUUUUCAAAUUACAACUGUAACAUAUUUUUUAAAUUAGUGACCAAAACUGUAGCACAAUUAAAAAAAAAAAUUAAUUGUAUUAAUUAUAGUGUACUAAAAUCAAAUCUUUGUAGCGUUAGUACAGUUUUUAGCCUCAGUAGCUUUAGCGAUACAGUUAAGCUUAAUUACUACUACUAUUAUGUAGUAUAUUUUUACCAAUGUACCAUUUUCAUUUUUUUUUUACAUGCUGUAUUGUUGUAAGCAUCACACAUGAAAAUGUGUUCAAUCCAUUUUUAUAGUUUAUACUAUACUCUGUUCGAAAUAAGAACAGAGUAUAUAUGAUUUUUAAUUUAAUUACACUAAUGAAAACUAUUUUAAUAUUUGUUUUUUGUAAAUGUUUAACUGAUUUUUUAACUUGAGUUUAUAAAAAAAAUCUAUUUUUUUGUUUUUCAUAUUAACUUUAAAUUGUUAUGGGAUUUUGGUU